AGGGCGAAAACCGUCUUGCUUCACCUCUGUAAUUAUCAUGCCAAACGAAUUGACGCAUUUCGCUUUUAUUCCACAUUCUGACCUAAAUUACUUAGUUGUCUAAUAGUUCAGGAUGAUUGAUAGGUUUACAUAUUGUAAAUUAAUACAGUUUGUAGCGUUCGGCUCAGUGUGUUGUGGUAAAAGUUUGAAAGUGCACUCAGGAUAAAGUUGCUGCUGUAAACUUUGGUCCAAGAAGUGAUGCGAUGACUCAUAGUCUCUCUAAUUCCGAUAAACAUGGUCUACGCACUGUCACUGAAGAAAAGCUGAUGGUGGCGGUGCGCGUGCGGCCCCUGCGUUCGGAUGAAGGUCCUCGCAUCGUGCACGUGGUCAGCGAUAAGAUGCUGGUGUUGGAGGAGGAGGCGGACAGUCGGCGCGACGUGCUGCGCGUGCGACGGGGCAACGACAAGCACUACGUAUACGACCGCGUUUUUGGCGAGGACAGCACUCAGGAGGAUGUUUACGAAGCAGUAUGUGCGCCGUUGGUGGGCAACACCCUCAAAGGGUUUGCUGGAGCAGUGUUCGCGUACGGUGCUACUGGAGCGGGCAAGACGCACACCAUGACCGGUCUCAUGUCGAGGGCCCUCAGCCAUCUCUUCACCAGCAUCGCAGAAAGCGAGGAUUCUAAUGCUUAUGAGGUGAAAAUGUCAUACAUAGAGAUUUACAACGAGAACAUCCGCGACUUGCUGAACCCCGGCGCGGGUCCGCUGGAGCUUCGCGACGAGGGCGGAAGCGGAGCGCCCGUGGUGGCGGGGCUCAGCGAGGUGCGCGCGAGCAGCGCUGCGCACGUCGUCGAGCUGCUAGCCAGGGGAGACCGCGCCAGGACCGCGGAACCCACGCACGCCAACCAGCACUCUUCUAGGGGACACGCCUUAUUGAGUGUUACUGUGAGUUGUCCGGUGGAAGGUGGUACGCAGCGUGGACGUCUGUUUCUGAUCGACCUGGCAGGGUCGGAGCGCGCAGGGCUGCGCGCGCGCCGCCUCGAGGGUGCUCACAUCAACCGCUCACUGCUGGCUCUCGGGAACUGCAUCAUGGCGCUUUCUGGAGGAGCCAGAUAUGUGAACUAUCGCGACUCGAAGCUGACGCGGCUGCUGCGCGAAGUGCUGGGCGGGCGCUGCCGCACUGCGAUGGUCGCGCACGUCGCGCCUGGCCACCACCACCGCGACACCACGCGCUCCACGCUGCAUUAUGCCCAGAAAGCCUCCUCCAUCACUAACAGGGUUGAACGCGAAUUGGUAGAGACUCCGAUGCAUCUGUCACAGUAUCGUUCAGUUAUUAAUGAGUUGCGAGAGGAAAUAUCGCGGCUCAAACUCAAGAUGAAAGACGACCGUUCCAGUAGAUCGAAAGAAGACCUCCAGCUCAUAGGAGACGUGAGUAAAGAGGAGGACGCAGAGAGUGCGGCCCAUCUGAAAUCCUUGCGAGAGGCAAUCGUGUCCACAUUUAAGCAGCAAAUGCGCUUGCGGCGAAGGCUGAUGGAGCUGGACAGUCACCUGCUGGGCCUGGCGCUGGACGCGGAGCGCCAACACGCCACCAUCUCCCACUGGGAGGCGCGUUUCAACCGCCUCUACAAACCUAUUAGCAUGGCGGGAUCGCGGCUUAGCACUCAGCAGAGUUACAGAGGCGGCACAGGGCUGUCAAGUAGCGGUAGCGAGCGGGCGGAGGCCGAGGUGGCGGUGGAGCAGGCGUGGGCGGAGCUGGCGGCCGUCGAGCGCGAGCAAGAGAGCGCGCGCGCCGAGCGCGAGCGCGUCGAGCGCCAGCUCGAGCAGGUGCGCUUGCGGGGCGCGCAGCUCGAACAGGAACUGCCAGCCCGCAUCAACAGCGGUCCGGAGCGCGAGGUUCUGGCGCUGGUGUGCCGCGUGCACGAGCUGGAGGCGGACAAGUUGGCGCUGCAGGGCGAGCGUGCGGCGCGCGCGCACGAGCUGCGACGCCGCGACCUCGCGCUGCAGCGCCGCGACGCGCAGCGCCGCCUCUCCGACGAGAUCAUCACACGACAGCGGCGCGCGUUAGAAGAGCUGGGCGUCGGUGUGACCUCCGAGCUGGCCCAGAUGUACGAGUUGUACCAGCAGGAGAUCCACGCCUCCACCUACACGGAGAGCAACGACAUCUACACGCCGCCCUAUCCGUACCGCCUGCCGCCUAUUUCUACCAGCAUGUCAGAGCUGACGUGGUCGGAGAGCUCGAGCGGCUCGGCGCGCGGCUCGAGCUCGGGCUCGGGCGACCACCGCCUGCCGCGCCUCGCGCCUACGCCCCGCCCGCGCACGCGGUACAGCCAAGCGAGCGCAGCGACGCUGAAGCGAUACGCGAGCGACGACAGCCUGGUGACGGCGGCGCCGCGCGCGCCCGACCGCGGCGCGACCUGAACCGGCGCUAGAGAUUCACAAAUGUGUUGUAUGUGUCCCUAUCAUAAUGCCGGCUAUUCACUAUUGGCAAACGGUUCACCAGAUUUUGAUGUUUCGACGUACAUUGCUGGUUUUCCCUUGCGCUAAAUAAAUGCUCUUAUACAAACUAAGCAAUGUAUGUUCAUUCUAGUCGGCGUCUGUCUUAGUUCGAGUGUUGGUGGUCCCGUUCAAUGUGCAGAAAUUUAGGGUGAAAA